CUCCCUCCUUCCUUCCCAACAUAAUUUAAUAUCAGAGCUUACUCAGAUAUUUCCAUUUCCAUUUCCAUUUCCUACCAGAAUUCUUCGAUAUGGCCAUGGCUGCUUCCCUCUGCUACCCCGCCCCUCUCCCCAUCAACACCUCCUCAAAGCAACCCGCUCUCCAAUCACCCGCACCGCCACCUUGCUUGCCCCGAAAAUUGCCUCUUCCCUCCUUGAAAUUCACCGCCAGGCCGACUGUAGCUUCCGCCGCCACCACGGUUGGAGUAGAGCCUCAAUCCGGAGCUGCUACUCCGCCCAAGCUUCUUCCUUUCCGCGUCGGCCACGGAUUUGACCUUCAUCGCCUCGAACCGGGGUAUCCCCUCAUUAUCGGCGGCAUCGAUAUUCCUCACGAUCGAGGCUGCGAAGCUCACUCCGACGGUGAUGUAUUGCUGCACUGUGUUGUUGAUGCAAUAUUGGGGGCGCUUGGCCUCCCGGAUAUAGGUCAAAUAUUUCCAGACACAGAUCCCAAGUGGAAAGGCGCAGCAUCUUGUGUUUUUGUGGAGGAGGCUGUUCGGCUAAUGCACGAGGCAGGCUACGAACUAGGUAACUUAGACGCCACAUUGAUUCUCCAAAGACCAAAACUGAGCCCUCAUAAGGAGGCUAUACGGGAGAAUUUAUGCAAGCUACUUGGUGCGGACCCUUCGGCUGUGAACCUCAAGGCAAAAACUCAUGAAAAGGUAGACAGUCUUGGGGAGAACCGGAGUAUAGCUGCACAUACAGUUGUCCUCCUUUUUAGGAAGUGAUGAUACAUAUAUGUUUGGCUUAUAAUUUAAACACAUAAAAUGUAUUGAUUGUGUUUACAUCUGUAGCUUCUCAGAAUAAAGUCUGUAGUUUUUGCAACUGAUGGACAUAGGCAAUCAAAUUGUUUAAAAGUAUUAAAGAUUAUAAGAUUGUGUUAGUUUCUUUUUUAUA